UUUGAACUUUUAUUUCGGUACUAAAUUAAUGUGACCCAUAGUAGUAAUCUUUUCACAAACUGUCAGAAUAAGCAAAUCAAAUUCUACCAAAUAAAUAGUAAAAAUAUAUUUAAGCAGAGAAAACCUCACAAAAUGAACGAUUCACAUGGUUAUAAGAAAGAGUUGGAAGUGCGUUGGUUUUCAGAGCACUCAGAUGAUGAGUGUUUACCACCACACCGCGGUGGACCCAACGAUUUCAAAGACUAUCCACGUACCUCGACUAUCUUUAAGGACAAAGAUGCUAAGACUCAUGAGCAAAUCAAUAAUAAGGAAACUGAAGAGCCUAGGAACACGUUUUGGAUAUCAGUGAGCGACUAUGAGUUGGACAGGGCUUAUAUAGUAUAUCGUUUCUUUCACGAUAUUGGUAAUAUUGUAGGCAAAAACUUUACCAAAACGAACCGCAUGUACUUGAAGUACUUUAGCUUGGUGGAUUCGCAAAUUGCUUUGAGUUAUAAUGGCCAAAAGAUAGGAUAUGGCGGCGAUAUUCGCGUAAAAGUCAAGGUGGAAAAUCCCGUGACCGAAACUGCUCUUAUUGAAGCCCUGGAAAAUGCUUCGGCGGAUAAUGGUACACCCACUGAUAGUCAAAAAACAAGUACAAUGACGGUUACUAUUAAUGUGGAGGAUGUUAAGGACGCGAGUGAGGUAAAUCCCCAUCAACUGGAGAUGGAAAACACUGAGAAAAAUGAAGAGCAACCCGCAAUUACACACAAAAAAGUCCGUUUAAUGGAAUGGUUUAGAGAAAAACUAUCCUAUGUGUUCUAUUUUUAUUAAAUUUUUCGGUUUU